AUGGCUACCCCCAGUGUCCUUACUUUUGAUGCUGAGGGCCGUGCCGUUGACUUUGAGGUCUGGGUCGAUGACCUCCACCUGUUUCUCCAGUGCGAUAGGGCAGACGGACUCUCUCUGUUCGAUCUCACCUCAGGUGCCUCUCCUGCCCCGCCUGCUACUGCUGACAGCACUGUUCGCACACAGGACCACUUCCUCUCAGUUUGCCCCACCACACUCACCGUUGACCUCCUUGAGAAGGGCCUCCUAGCAGCAAAGAAGAGCAUAGUCGCUGUAGGAGCCUCUCGUGGUGACCCUCGCAACCCCGUCUUUGAGGGGUGUUCCCCCUCCCCCCUCUUGCCCUCUGUUGCCUCUGCUGCUGCGGCCGACCUCGUUGGUUUCGAGUCGGUCGGCGCUGCGUCUGCCCCGAGCGGGAGACGCAGCACCGGCAAGGGCAAGGAGGGCAAGGGCGCUGGAGGGGCUGGCGGGGGCGGUAGAGGUGGUGGUGGAGGCAGUCGAGGGGGUGGGGGUGGUGGUGGGAGUGGUGGCGGGGGUGGAGGUGUCGGUGGCAGCAGUGGAGGCGGAGGAGGCGGCGGUGGUGGCGGAGGGAGCGGAGGCGGCGGAGGUGGUGGAGGCGGCGGAGGUGGCGGAGGCGGCGGCGGAAGCAGUGGACCUGGUCGCGGCUCUGCGUAG